GAGUGGCAUUUUUGCAUUACUCUUUGGCUUAAGUUACGGUAAGCCAUUUUCCAUUUCCUUAUAGGAAUAACACAGCAUUCCUCUUAGUGUCAUAGUCUCUGAGCACGCUUGAGGCUGUAUCUCGCUACAAGAGUAUGUCUAUACGUGUUUAUCCUACGAUGGAGGAUGUGGACCAAAAGUCCUUGGGACUUGCUGAGAUUUACCAACAGAGUUUACAAUUUUUCAAAAUCAUGGAAGGUUCAGCAAAUGUGCCCAACUUUGAAAAAAAAGACAUUUGUCAUGACUUCAUUUUUGGACGCUGCUCUCAACAAGCCAAAUGCAUGGGCGUUCAUUCUACUAUGCCAUACCAAUGGGAGGUGGAGAAUGGACGUGGCUGGUCAUGUAUCCCAGACAAUGAGGGUGUUGAAAGGGACUACUGCGACCCAGCAAAGACCCAGAGUUGCAGGAUACCACCGGUUAACUUUAUCACCAUGACUCGUGGGCACCGCAAAGUUCGCCGCCUUGCUACGGUUUCCUCCCUGGACCAGCCAGAUGCUGUCUUUGCUACCAAGUGGACCUGGUACUGGGAGGAAAACCAUGGUGUCUGGACUCCAUAUUUGUCACCAACUGUGGUGGAGGACCUAGAGAGGGAGUACAUGGAUCCCUCCCGUGGCUCAGUGAUUGAAUUUACUGCUGGAAGAUUCACCUAUGAAGUCAAUUUGGAAGUCAUGAUCCAGAUAAAUACAAGCUCACACACCCAAAGACUGGUAAGAAGACGGCCGAUGUUCAAAUCGUCCAUAGAUGUUCAGAGAGCUACUGGCACAUCUAAUACCACCACUUCUUCUGUGCCACCUCUCUGGGACCAGUCUCGGUUGCCUGGCAUUGGCUUUGAGAGAGUUAUGUUGCCAAACUCAGCAACAGAAUACAAAGACAUCAAGGCCCUUCUUGAGAAAACAACAGUGGGGUUCAACAUCCACACCAUUGAGAGAGUGCAAAACCCUAUCCUAUGGAAGUUCUACGUGCUGCAAAGAGAUCAGAUGGAAUCCUCAGGGACAAGCAUCAAUGAGAAGCAGCUUUUCCAUGGAACUGACUCCAAACAUGUUGACAGCAUUUGCAGAAACAACUUUGACUGGAGGCUAUGUGGAACAAAUGGAACUUCAUUUGGAAAAGGGAGUUACUUUGCCAGGGAUGCUAAGUACUCACACAGCUACACCAGCCAGUCAGGAGCAAGGUCCAUGUUUGUUUGUCGUGUGCUGGUGGGAGACUACACUGAGGGAAAAUCCAGCUAUGUGAGACCACCUCCUAAAGAAACCGGAGGAUCCAUCUUCUAUGACAGCUGUGUGGACAACAUCAAAGACCCUAAAGUGUUUGUAGUUUUUGAAAAGUAUCAGGUUUACCCCGAAUACCUCAUAGAGUACAGUGAUACUGCUUCUCCACCAAACCGUGCUACUCAGCCAAAUCCCGUUGUCCAACCAAACCCUACUCCCCAGCCAAAUCCCGUUGUCCAACCAAACCCUACUCCCCAGCCAAAUCCCAUUGUCCAACCGAACAGUACUCCCCAGCAAAAUCCUAAUGGCUCAGAUUCAGAUGACCCUGAGUUUAAUAGAUGUUUUUUGUGUUUAUUGUGGACUUUAUGUUGCCCAUGUGGCAUCUACUUUUAUUUUUCUCGAUGAUGAUUGACCGGGCCUUCGUGUGUGCAGGUGCCCUCUAGCAAGGCACUUAAGCCAAAUUGCUCCAGGGAUGUUGAUUCGGCUGACCAUGGCUCUGGUCCCAUCCCUCUGAUGUUCAGGGUUUCUGUUAGCCGAUAAAUGACAGCUUUUGGCCGUAAAAAAAUGAAAAGCCGUAAAAUAAAAUUGUUGCUGGCCAAAUUGACCUGGAGAAAAAACAACUGUAGGCAGGCUAUCAGCAGGUCACCCACCACUUUACAAUGUGAGCUGGAGGCAGUAUGCAUUUUGAAAACAUACUUAAUUGUUUCAAACCUGAAUGUUUUACUCCAUAUUAUGAGCCAGUCCAAGGCACUGCAUUUCAGUGCAAGAGGCGUCACUACAGUCCCUGGUUCGAAUCCAGGCUGUAUUACAUCCGGAUGUGAUUGGAAGUCCCAUAGGGCGGCGUACAAUUGGCCCAGCGUCGUUCGGGUUUUCCCCGGGUAGGCUGUCAUUGUAAAUAAGAAUUUGUUCUUAACUGACUUGCCUCGUUAAAUAAAGGUUAAAUACAAAAUGAAUGUCUUCCUUUGCUUGAAAAUCCGACCAUAGAAAGGUGGAAGCAAUUAUUUUAUAAAGACUUCAUAGGCAUUAUGUGAGUCAAGUUUGGGGAAGCAUAAGCAUACAAUUUAUCCUACAAUUUCUACCGAUCUGGGUGUCAGUUAUGAUUUUCAUAUGUGCAUUUUCGUGGAACAGUUUAAUUUCAGUAAUAAUGUUUUCAUUUCUAAAAAUCAUUGUCAAGUGGUUAAUGAUGAAAAUAUUAAUUAAAUUGAUACAAAUAUAAAAGUUAAAAUUCAACUAAUGCUAGAGCACCAGCCUCUGCCAUAUUAUGGACACAUUGAUACACCGUGAUCAUUGGCGGCUAGAUAGCCUAAAUGAGUGCCUAGUACUCGGAGAUGGCCAAUGCAGCCGUUGGCCUAUCAUUUCUAGUGAUGGGCAUUCCGGCUCGUUCGGCUCAGCUCACCAAAAAGAGCUGGCUCUUUUGACUCCCAAACGGCUCUUUAAAAAAAAUAAGUUUUGUAUUUUUUCCAAGUCUAACAGUUUGAGAUAGUUUGACUAUGAUUGGUGUUAAAACAAUUCUAAUUAAAUGAUUAAAUGAAAUCAAACUGUACCUUGACCACAAUCUAUUUAAAAAUGCAUUGGUUUGUUAUGAAAAAGAAUGCUAUUAAACAUUUGCAUUUAAAGUAUAACUUUUCAAUGUAUAUAAACAAAGUGCAUAUAAAUCUAACCAUUCAAAACAAAUACAAUCUGAACAGCAUAAUAGAAUAUUGUAUAUCAAAGAAAAAAUAAAUAACAAUUUGCAAAACUGCAGCAUCCCACUAAAAACAUUAAACUGGUCCCUCUUUUCUCUCUCUUCUUUAUUGCCAUGUUAUAACCAGCAGCACACAGCAAUGCUGACCAUAUUUUGCUUUUAUGAGAGAUUUGCAUUCAGAAAUGCAAGCUGCCUCACUUUUGAGGGGCUGAUGCGAUUUCUUCUCUCAGUAAUUAUUUGUCCCAUUUUCGAGAAGACCCUCUCAGAGGGAACGGAUGUGGUCACUAUGCACUAUGGAAAUGUCUAUGUUUGUGCUUUUCUAAUAACCAAUUUCUGUGUUCUGUUUGUGCUUUUCUAUAAACCAAUUUCUGUGUUCUGUUUGUGCUUUUCUAUAAACCAAUUUCUGUGUUCGUGCAAGUGGCUGACUGAACGAAUCCUCACUAUCAGUACCUGCAAUUUGGCAGUACGCCCAGAACCUUGUUUAGAAAACGAGAACGAAAGAUGUCUUAGUUUCAAAGUCUCAGCUUAGAGAGAAGAAGCCUCGUGAGGUAUUGGUCUGUUACAUGCAUGACUCAUUAUUGGUCAUCACAUGAAUGAAGCAAACGUUAAUGAUGAAUGAUGAAUAAGCUAAACCAUGCAAAUAUAACUUGUCUGUAUAUAAGCGAACUAACGGGACUGCCCCGUUAGAGCUCACUUCAGAACGGUACUUUAUAAACAAUGAUUGAUUUAAGAUUGACUUCAAGUGUCAAGUGUAAGAAUUUCCACAACAAUGUGUAGUGUUAGCGUUUGUUGCUGGCAUGUCAAGCAUAAAUGUGCUUAUCUUGCCUAUGACAAAAUCAUGAAAGUAAUUCGCAAUUUCAGUGGGUUGUUUGAUGAAUCUGAUUCAAUGAAUGAGGGGAGCUGUUUGCCUUUUUCCCCAAAAUGUCAUUUAAGGCACUCCAAAGCUUUUUACUAUCAUUCUUUAUAUAAUUUAUCUUUGUUUCAUAGUAUAGUUUCUUCUUUUUAUUCAGUUUAGUUACAUGAUUUCUCAAUUUGCAGUUGGUUUCCCAAUCGGUUAUGCAGCCAGACUUAUUUGCCAUUCCUUUUGCCUCAUCCCUCUCAACCAUACAAAUUUUCAAUUCCUCAUCAAGCCACAGGGAUUGAUGUCUUAACAGUAAUGUUAUUAAUGGGUGCGUGCUUAUUAGUAACUGGAAUAAGCAAUUUCAUAAAUGUGUCAAGUGCAGAUGCUGCUGGAAGUGGUGUUGGAGGGCCAGUAGGAGGCACUCUUUCCUCUGGUCUAAAUAAUAUCCCAAUGCCCCAGGGCAGUGACUGCCCUGUGUAGGGUGCUGUCUUUUGGAUGGGACAUUAAAUGGGUGUCCUGACUCUCUGAGGUCAUUAAAGAUCCCAUUGUACUUAUUGUAAGAGUAGGGGUGUUAACCCCGGUGUCCUGGCUAAAUUCCCAAUCUGGCCCUCAUACCAUCAUGGCCACAUAAUCAUCUCCAGCUUACAAUUGGCUCAUUCAUCCCCCUCCUCUCCCCUGAAACUAUUCCCCAGGUUGUUGCUGUAAAUGAGAAUGUGUUCUCAGUCAACUUAACUGGUAAAAUAAAAAAUGUGAUCAAUACAUGUUGAUGAUUUCAUUCCUGUGCUGUUUGUAACUACCUUGGUAAAUUGACUGAUAACCUGAACAGGGUUGCAAGCAAUGAUUACUGUUUGAAGCUUUUUCUUGAGUGGACAGCUUGAUAAAGCCAGUCAAUAUUUAAAAUCACCCAGAAAAUAUACCUCUCUGUUGAUAUCACAUACAUGAUCAAGCAUUUCACACAUAUUAUCCAGAUACUGUCUGUUAGCACUUGGUGGUCUAUAGAAGCUUUCCCACAUGAAUGAGCUUUAGAUGAGGCAGAUGAACCUGUAGCCAUAUUACUUCAAUAAUAUUUAACAUGAUAUCCUCUCUAAGAUUUACAGGAAUGUGGUUCUGAAU